AAAAAGAAGAAGCAGUUGGGCCAAGAACACAAAUGGCAAAUGCAUGCAAAAAAGGAAUCGAAAUGAAGAAAAAAUAAAGAGAAUUUCUUGAUCAUUUGAAUGCGGAUGCGGAAUUUGGAUUUGGAUUUCAAUUCAAAUUUGCAUUUUCUAUUUGCAAUUUGUGUGCAGCAAAAUUUUGCCAAGUUUUAAGUGGAAAGCAUAGAAAAGAUGAGCUUAGUGAGGACGGCGGCAGGGAUGUGGAGUUGGCCAUUUGGACUUAGACUUUGUAUUGUACUAAGUCGUAUGUUGAUGCCAGAUAGCAACACCCGCAGUUGGUUGGGUGGGGGGAAGAGACAGUCCGGCAACUUUUUGCCUAGAUAUCGGGGUCACACUGGUCACGAGGGUCGAGCAGACCGAAUGGAAACUAGAUUGCAGUUUUGGUUUAUUGGCAACAAUAAUGGUCAGCACAACAUUGACAACAUUGGCUGCUGGACAAACAACUAGUAGCAGUAAUCAUCAUCACCAUCAUCAUCACCACCAGCAGCAGCAGCAGCAGCAGCAACAGCAGCAGCAGCAGCAGCAGCAUCCACUGCCUCACCACAGCACAGUCAGUGGCAGUAACGGGAGCAGCAACAGCAGCUACCAGCGCCUACAAUCAUCCGCAGCAGCAGCAACAGCUGCAGCAGCCGCUCAGCAGCGCAAUUACUACGCACUCAACGGUCUGGAACACGACUGCGACAGCAGCAAUUCCCAUAGCAACAGCGGCUACCAGCAGCAGCAGCAGCCACUGAAUUUAUCGCAAGCGCUGCUCUCGCCUUCACCACCUCUCAACGAUCAGAUUAAUCUGCUCUUUCCCAAGUGCCGGCCCAAGCAUCAGCAGCAGCAGCAACCGCAGCAGCAGCAGCAACAGCAACAGCCGUCGCCCAGCAGCAACAGCAGCCGACAGCAGCAUGAAAGCAUUGCCGAUGUGAAUCUGAACAGCAGCAUCACAGCAGCAGCAGCAGCAGCGGCAGUAGCAGCAGUUGGUGUCUCAGAGACAACUGGGAGCAGCUCACCCAUUGUCACGCCCAUCAGCACGCCCAGCUAUUAUAAAAGCGUCAACAUUAUAACGCAAUCACCGCCGCCGCAUUCAGCCUCGUCGCACUCCUCGGAAUCGUUGUCUUCGGUCACGCCGCGCAUAUCCACAAAUCCAUUUCUGUGCGCGCCGCUGACACCACCAACACCACCAACGCCUCCACACAGCGCCAGAGCAGCUGUUGCAGCGGAAGGCGAUACGGACGUGGAAGCAAUUCUGUUGGCAGAGGACGACGGCUUGCAGCAAGAGCAGCAGGAGCUAAUCGAGGAGUCGGUGCCCCAGACGGCAUAUCCAGCAUCCUUCUACUAUCACACGGGCGAUAUCAGGCGUGGCCACAGCUACACGGAUAUGCCGCGCAAACGCAACAGCGCCAUAUCAGCGGGCAGGCAGCAACACCAGCAGCAGCAGCAGCAACAUCACACGCUGCUUAACGGCAACAGCAGCAACAACAUUGGCAACGGCAGUGCCCAACACAGCCAGAAUCCUUUCAUUAAGGAGAACUACUGGGAGUCAGCCACGCCACGAGCCAGCACGCUGCUGCACUCACCCACAGAGUAUCCCGAUGAGCAGCAGCAACAGCAGCAGCAGGAGCAACAGCAUAUGCACGCCUCAGCGAGACGAGCCUAUCAUCAGCAAAGGGAGCAGCUAGCGCCACAAUUUUACAGCAUAGCACAAAGGCAGAAUCAGUCACAGAAUAUUCAAGCUCCACACGUAUUGCGUGUGGGUCGCAGCCCAGUGAAUCGCAACCACUCUGCUGGUGGCGCACAGCAACAGCCACCGAUUGUUGGCAGCAGCAAUCCUUGUGCCGAGGGGCUAACCCCUUUGGCUAGCCACUACCUGUACGGCAGCAAAUCUUCACUGGAUCAGCACGCGGCCGACUGGGAGCCACGCGAACAACGUAAGCAGCGGCUGCGCGAAGAACGCGAACGAGAGCGGGAGCGGGAGCGAGAGCGGGACAGAGAACGAGAUCGAGAGCAACUGUUGCUGGAACAGCAACAGCAUCUGCAACUGCAAGACGUACAUGCCGCACGCGAAAACCACCUGAGCCACCUGUCGGCGGCACAGCAACAUCAGCAACAGCAGCAGCAGCAGCAGCGAAAACGACACGGCAACAGCGAGGACCGGGAUCGAGAUCAACGGCUAAUCAGCAACUCCGUCAAUGAGUCAUCAAUCAGCGGCUACGGAGUAGCCGAUGCCUCGGAGAGCUGGCAGCAUCUGCGCGUCACGACCGAAUCGACCGAGGAGAGCAAGUGCGGCAAGCAGCUACCCACCGACAAGUCGCUGGCAGUCGGUGGCAGCCAGAGCCGUUCGCAUGCUAUGCUUGAGCCGCACUCGCGCCGCCUGCUCGACGAUGGCGCCGUCUAUCGAGAGCACAAGCUGGACGCCUGGCAGCUGGAACGCAACUACACGCUGGCCGUGGAGUCUCGGCAUGGCAUCAUAGAAUACGAGGGCUCGCCACGACGCAUUGGCGUCGCUGCCAGCAGCAGCAGCAGUCCCGCUGCAGCGGACGAAAGCGAACCACCAGUUGGCGCAAUAGCAGCAACAGCAACAGCAGCAGCGGCAGCUCCACCAAUGGCCGCCGUGCCGCUAAUGAGUUGCAGCACGACUGCGGCUAGCUCGCUGCAAAAGACGGCAGCACGUGCCGCGCUCGCCGCACUUGCCCAAUGCCAGCCACCGCAACAACCGCAGCCGUAUCCGGUGCGCCCCGGCUUUCCCCAGCGCAUAAUUUCGCCACCGCGUGAGCUACGCAGCUGCUCUCCUACGCAGCAGCAGCAGCAGCAGCAGCAACUGCCGCUGCACUUCAACAACGGCAGCAACCAUAGCAAUAACAACAACAACAAAGCAGGGUGCUGCGACAACAAUGCCGAGGAUACGAGCAAUGAUGUCUCUGAAAUUGGUACCAUAUCCGACAUGACCACGCCCGAGGCGCCCAUUACGGCCACGCCCAACGAGUUGACGAGCUGUGUUUCACCGCCACCCACAGCAGCUGCAGCAGCACCAGCAGCAGCAGUGGCAGCAGCAACAACAACAGUUGCAACCGCAACAGGAAAAACAACGAUUGCACCAACCAUCACAUCAGCAAUUGCCGGCAAUUCCUCGACAGCGGGCACAACCCUAACUUCUGGCCCAUUGAGCCUGCACACCAAAUCCUCGACCUUUGAUUACCUCUACGAGUUCUCGGAGACGCGCAAGGUGCUGGAGGAAUUCUUCAAGUGUCCCUCGAAUGAUGAGCAGCCCAUCAUGGAGAAUGGCAGCGAUGUGGACAGCAUUGAUAUACAGUACGAGUUUCACAGCAAUUUUGAGCGUGACGAGGAGGAGCUAGAUGAGGAAGAGGAGGAGGAUGAGGACGAUAAUGAUGAGGGUGAGGAUGAAGAUGAGCACGCCGAGCAGGAAUAUCAGCAGCAACAACAGCAGCAGCAGCCACAGCAACUGAUGCAGCAGCCGCCCGCAUCAGAGCGUCACGUCUAUGGCGCCUACACGCAGCCGCAGCUGCAGUUGCAGUCGCAGUCGCAGAUGCAGCUGCAGACGCAGCUGCAGUCGCGGCCAGCGCAGCUACCACGGCACUACAGCGGCAGUCCACUAAUGCGCGACUUUGACUUCUUCCUUGACUCGGCCAGCCGCAGCAGCGGCGAGCGAGAGGGCGAACAGGAUGGGCUCAAUCACAACCAGCUGCUGAGCACCGGCAGCGGCAGCGGCCUGGGCCAGAGCGUUGGCCAGGGCGUGGGCGGCGGCCUGACAGGCGGCCACAACUACCGCUACUCGCCGGAGACCACCGACUACGACUCCAACUGCGGCGAUCUGGACAGUCUCUCGGGCGAGAUGAAUGGCGGCGUAUCGACCUCCUGCUCAAACUACGCCAAGUACUAUGCCUCGGCCAUGCCCGUGCUGGAGGAUGGCCUCUCCUCGGGCCACACCAGUGACACAGAGAAUAAUAAUAACAACAAGAACCUUCAGCAGCUGGCCACCCAGGCAGCCCAGAACCAGAUACAGGGCCUUACCCAGAACCAGAGUCAGGGCCAGGGUAACCUCAGCGCCAGCACCAGCAUUGGUGGCGGCAUUUCCAUGCUAAUGGACAUGAAACGCAUCUCGACUAACAACAGCCUGAACAGCAUGCACAACCUGACGGCCUCCACCACCGAAAGCAACGGAGUUGGCCACCAGCUCAGCCACACGAGUCCCAGCAAUGGGCUACAUAAGCAGCACCAACAGCAGCAGCCGCAGCUGCCGCAGCAGCGCGAACUGCUCGGUCAAAGCCCCAGCAGCAACAGCAAUAGCAAAGUGUUCAAGAACAUAGAUCCGGAGUUGGAUUCCCUCUACUCUAUCAGUGUUUUCCACCGGCCGGACAUGGUGCAGAUGACGCCUCCGCCGCCAGCGCCGGCGCCGCAUCGCAAGCCCAACUGCAGCACUGAUGUUGAUCUGCUGCAGACCACAGGACAGGGCAGCAAGCACACCCCGCUGAAUGCGGCCAUCAGCUCGACGUUGCAGCGCAGCUCGCCCACCGCCUGCAUAGGCGUCGGCAGCGUCGCCGCAAAGCCGCGCAGCGCGGGCAGCAAUUGCAGCAGCAAUGGCAUCGGCGGUGGGUUGGGUGGUGGGCCAGCGCCCCCGCCAAUCCCCGAGCGCAGCAACAUGCAGCCGGUGCAACGCUCGCCCUCGCCUGUGAUGAGCUCGCCCGUAUGGCUGUCACGGCAUUUGGAUGGAGGUGCCGGCAAGGCGCUGCUCGAAUCAAGCUCAGAUAACCACUCGAAGAACCACAGUGCCGACGAGGAGGACGUGGACACGGACCUAGAGACGGACCGACUGCUGGGCCACCAGCGUCUGGACGAUCAGGGCUACUACGAUGAGAACAAGAGCUGGGAUCGCAAGCCGCGCGGCUCGCUGCUCUCUAAAAUAUCGCCCAAGCAGCAACAGAUGCCCAGCACCAAGACACGCAAUGGCUACAAUGCGUUGCUCAGCUCCACGCCGGAACUGCCACCGCCCAUUCCACCCAAGAGCUCGGCCAGUCUCAGCGGCUCGGGCGCCGGCAAGCUGCUCGACUUGGUCAGCAACGUGCAGCAGCGCAGCAACUCGCGCAGCUCCUCGGAGCACAGCCACAAGUCGCCGACAAAGGUGUCCAGCAUCGGGCAUGAUAUUUGUGGCAUGACAGCUGCCACAGCUGCCGAUGUGGUCGCCUCUGCUGUGGUCGCCGCCGGUGCACUGCCCCCUUUGGGCAGUCCCAACAAUGGCGGCGGCUCAGAGCGCUCUGCUCCGGGUGUCGCUAAGCUGGAUGUGGACAAUGAUGGCAUCAAUGGUGGCGGCAUUGUGGGUGCCGCCAGCGGCGUGGCCAAUGCUGUCAUCAAUGCUGUCGGCAACAGCAGCACCAAUGGCAGCACCGGCAACAACAACAACACCAACACCAACAGCAACAGCAACAACAAUAAUGUGGCCAUCGGCAGCAACAACAGCAGCGGCAGCGCAGCCGGCAGCAACAGCAACAGCGGCGAGAAAAAAGUGAAAAAGAGUAAGAGCAAAGAAGGCGGCGCAGUGCUCAUCGAAGGCGUUCUAUUUCGGGCAAAAUACUUGGGUUCCACGCAGCUGGUUUGCGAGGGUCAACCCACUAAAUCGACACGCAUGAUGCAGGCGGAGGAGGCCGUGUCUCGCAUAAAGGCACCCGAUGGCGAUGUGCAGCCCAGCACGGAGGUGGACCUGUUUAUAUCGACGGAGAAGAUAAUGGUGCUGAACACCGAUCUGAAGGAGAUAAUGAUGGAUCACGCGCUCCGCACCAUUUCCUAUAUUGCCGACAUCGGGGAUCUGGUGGUGCUGAUGGCGCGUCGCCGUUUCGUGCCACAGGACAUUGAUGAUGCACCCAAGCCGAACCGCACGCCCAAGAUGAUCUGUCAUGUGUUCGAGAGCGAUGAGGCGCAGUUUAUUGCACAGUCGAUUGGUCAGGCCUUUCAGGUGGCGUACAUGGAGUUCCUUAAGGCCAACGGCAUUGAGGAUCAUCGCUUUGUCAAGGAAAUGGACUACCAGGAGGUGCUCAAUAGCCAGGAGAUCUUUGGCGAUGAGCUCGAGAUCUUUGCCAAGAAGGAGCUGCAAAAGGAGGUCGUUGUACCCAAGGCCAAGGGCGAAAUACUCGGCGUGGUCAUUGUCGAAAGUGGCUGGGGCUCCAUGCUGCCCACGGUCGUCAUUGCGAACCUCAUGAGUUCUGGUGCGGCGGCGCGUUGCGGCCAAUUGAAUAUUGGCGAUCAGCUGAUCGCCAUCAAUGGACUGAGUCUAGUCGGUCUGCCGCUCUCCACCUGCCAGACGUACAUCAAAAACACCAAAAACCAAACCGUGGUCAAGUUCACAGUUGUACCCUGUGCUCCCGUCGUCGAGGUUAAGAUCAAGCGGCCAGAGACCAAAUAUCAACUCGGAUUCAGUGUCCAAAAUGGCGUGAUCUGCAGCCUGUUGCGUGGAGGCAUUGCGGAGCGGGGUGGCGUUCGGGUUGGUCAUCGAAUCAUUGAGAUCAACAACCAGAGCGUUGUGGCUGUGCCGCACGAGAAGAUCGUCAAUUUGCUGGCGACAUCGGUGGGCGAGAUACUCAUGAAAACAAUGCCCACUUCAAUGUUUCGCUUGCUAACCGGCCAGGAGAACCCCAUAUAUAUUUAAGCGAUAUCUACCGAUUGACGAGAGAUAAUGAAGAGCGCGUGCGUAUUAGGCAGAAUUCUAAUAAUAUACAUAUAUAUAUAUUAAUAUAUGCAUAUAUUAAUGUGUAUGAAUAUGCGUAUCUGUAUAGACUUAGUUUGAUAUAACGCUGAUACUUAUAUAAUGCAU